AGCAUUGGUCCGGUCGUGUAGUCCAAAUCAGACGGUCGCGGGACGCAGAACUGACGCUACUUAAAUUACAAACACGCACAGUCUGGUUCAAUGGUUAAAGCUACAUUGUGAGAUCGAGAUGUCGAGUUAACUGUUCUGAAUUUUAAUGAUUUUACAAAAGUGCUGAAGAAAUAUUUAUUUAGAUUCGGUGUACCUAUAGUAAAUCGGAAAUAUACUGCGCAGUCAACAUUUCGACUGUAAAAAGUGAUUGAUUAUGUCGUGUGCUACGUGGUUCUUCAUUGUCCUACUAUUCCAUGUGAUGGUAGUACUGCAGAGUUCACGAACAUGGGAUAAUAUACAGCUUUUUCCAGCAAGUAAAAUUCCUGAUAACGCUUUGAAUCCGAAACGGUCCAUAGUCCGAAGAAAAAUCGUGCUCUACCAUAACUUCUUGCGAACCAAAGUCCAGCCUCCUGCAGCAAACAUGUUGAUGAUGUCAUGGCACCCAUUGGCCGCGAAGCAAGCGCAACAAUAUGCGGACAGAUGCGUGUUUCUGAAACACAACGACGCCAGAGAGAACACUAUCCCGCAACUUGGCAGUUGUGGACAAAAUUUGUUCGUCUCUAGCCAAAAAACUCCUUGGUUCUUCGCUCUCAAGAGCUGGUUCCUCGAAUACCAGAACUUCACGUAUGGGUUGCCAAUACGCGACCUGAAAGCUGUAGGGCACUACACACAGAUGGUGUGGGCCACAAGCCAUAAACUGGGCUGCGGCAUAGCGCAUUGUGCAGGGGGACCAUGGGGACAGUUUUACAACUACGUUUGUCACUAUUGUCCACAUGGCAACAUUAUCCCCACCCCCGAGUUCCCGUACAAAGCGGGUAUGCCAUGCCAGGACUGCCCACAAAGCUGCGUAGCUGACAAACUCUGCACCAACCCGUGUUUCCACCGUGACUUUUACUCCAACUGCGAGGAACUGGUCGGGCUAGCUGACGUAUGCCCUCAAGGAUUCUGCAACGCGACUUGUCUGUGCGGCAAUAACAGGAUACAUAAGAAUUACCCUUGGAAAUAAAUUGAUUAAAAAUGA